CGAUCAGGGUUUUUUCCGCUCGAUUCGAUUCAUUUUCCAUGACAAUUUAACGUGCUCUUGCGAAUAAAAUUUGCCCACAGGUUAUUUUAUUUUUUAUUUUCGUAAUAGUCGCCUUUUCCACUCAAGUGUGAAUUUAACAACGACCGAAAAGUCAUUUCACUUUACCCGACGAUGGCUGAUACGACCAGUAAAAAGGUGCAGGAGUAUAAAGAGUCUCUUAAAACGAAAGCGGAGGAACUACUUCUGAAGGGCUUUCCGGAAACGAUAGUUAAACUAAACGACCUAUUGGAGACACCCAAAUUUCGCAACAGAGAAUUUUCGGAGAUCCACCAAGACUUGAACAUUCCAAUACCCGAUCCCAUCGUAUUUAAUCAUUCAGACUUGCCACCUGCCAAGAAGAUCAAGUUAGACAAUAGUAUCACACAAGAUGGCACUAAAGUUAUGGUGCUUCCGUGCGGCUCGGUGCCUACCAAUAAGAACUUAAUGGAACUAGUGGAGAUUGUCAAACCCCACAUUAGAAAGUUGGUGGAAGAUUCAAAUUUGUUGAAAAUGUGGAUUUCGUUUAUGAUACCGAAAAUCGAAGACGGCAACAACUUUGGGGUCUCAAUUCAAGAGGACACCCUCGCAGAAGUACAGUCUGUAGAGUCCGAGGCGGCUGCAUUCUAUGAUCAAAUUUCGCGAUAUUUUAUAUCUAGAGGUAAGCUUAUAUCGAAAGUGGCAAAGUAUCCACACAUAGCAGAUUAUCGGCGGGCCGUCGAGGAGAUGGACGAAAAGGAAUAUCUCAGUCUCUGGCUGGUUAUGGCGGAGAUUCGCAAUCGGUAUUGCUCCUUGCACGAUAUCGUCGUUAAAAAUCUAGACAAGAUUAAAAAACCCCGCCCAACCAAUGCAACCGAGUCUUUGUACUGAAGUUUUCAUUUUUCACAAACAUGAUGGUACUUUAUAAUUUUGGUGGAAAAAGAUCGUCUUUAAUUUACAUUGGUAUGCUUGUAUACGUCGUUAUAAUCUACGUUACAAAUAAAUAUUUUGCAUUUCUCCAGUCA